AUGCCUUUAUCAGGAGCGAGUUUUGCGCGCCAAUUGGGUGACGAGACCAUAUUUUUGAGGACAGGAUCAAAGAAUUUACCAGUAAUUGAUGUAAAUGGAACGUUUGAUCGAAAAUACGAGCUGGUUGCUGAGGAUUUUAGAAAAUUGCUUCAAGAACAAUCUCAGGGGCUGACAUUGGCCGUUUUGCACAAAGGAGAACUUGUCAUCAAUUUAUGGGGUGGAAAGGCGGAUGUAGUUGCCGGCCGAAAUUGGACAGAAAACACGAUGAGUGUCGCCUAUUCAGCCACGAAAUUGAUCGGAGCUUUAGCUUUUGCCACAUUAGCAUCAAGGAAACAAGUCGAUUACAAUGAUAAAGUCACAAAAUAUUGGCCUGAAUUUGGAAAACAUGAAAAAGAUGUGUUAACAAUUGACGAUAUUCUCAAUCAUAAGUCUGGUCUUAUCAAAUUUUCAAGAGAUUUCACCUUGAAUGAAGCAAAAGACGAGAGAUUUAUGUCAAAAUUGAUUGAAGAGAGUGUCCCCAUGUGGGCCCCGGGCGAACGAAUCGGUUAUCACGCCUUGACCUACGGUUUUCUCCUUGAUCAACUCUUUCAACGAAUCCACCCCAAGAAACAAACAAUUCAAGAAUUUUAUGAAAAAGAGAUCAGAUCAAAAGUUCCAAAUGGUGAUUUCUACUUGGGUGUCCGAAAGGAAGAAGCUCACCGAAUCGCUCGAAUCACUCUAGACAGCCUGUGGCAAACUAUGAAAAAUCAUUGGGAUCACUUCGCAGUAACUUGGCCCGUUUUCUAUGCGUAUUUCAAGAAUGGUGGACUGGCGCUCGUUUCAGGGAACAGUCCAAGCUUUCUCUCGGUGUCGAGGAGAGACAUCAUUCCAUACAAUGACAUCGAUGUCCUCCAAUUUCCAUCAACGAGUGCCCUUGGAGUGGGAACUGCGGCUGGUUUUACUCGGGUUGUGAGACAAUUUUGGAUAGGUGGUGUGAUUUCAGAAGAAAUUUGGAGAGAUUUGGAAAAACCAGCAAUAUUUGAUGAAGAAGAUUUCGUGCUCGGGCUUCGACGAUGGAUGAAACACGGGCUUUUCUAUAGGAAGAUUGAAAAAGCUGAUAGGUUCACGAUCAACUUCCCCGGAAACGGUGGUCAAUACGUGGAUGUGGAUCAAAAAAGGGAUUUGAUCAUCGUUUUGAUGCGAAAUGGAUUAAGAGGAGGAUUGGGCGAUCCGGCAUUUGAUGGAAUCCGAAGGAAAAUUAUUGAAAUUGCUGAUGAAGAU